CUACUACUACUACUAGUACUACUACACUAUUUAUACCAUCUACCUAUGAUUGAUACAAUUAUUUCACAGCAAUGUCGAAUUUUUCAAAGGAGCCGUACAUUGCUAACUUACAAAACUACAUCAGCAAUGCUACUGCUAUCAUAAGUAAUUUCACACAGCAAAUUGGAUGGACGACACCUUUGGAAACCGAAGAACCUUUGAAUUCAAAACAUGGAGUUUUCAGUAAGGAGGAAGAUAACGCAUACAGUGAAGAACCUUUGCUACCAUGUUUAUCUUCAUCCUCCCAGUUUGGGGUUGUUAUUGAUGCUGAGAAACAGAGGGAAAUUCUAAAACCUUUUUGGAAACAAGCUGGACCUGACUGCCGUACACCACCAAAAUCAGCUGGAGAGCUAGUUGCAAAUUUCUCCAAAGAAGAACGACUUGCACUGUAUGAGUAUACAUUGAAACAUGCAGCUUCUGUAGCCAAGCCACCUGAACUUCUCUCCCCGGAGGAAGUUCUUCAUUCCCAUAACCCAACAUCUGGAGAUCUCACACCCCUGGAGUUGAAGAAGGCUAUGCGUGACUUUAAGAGGAGAAGGCAGGCUUAUAGAACCAAAGUGUCUACAAAAAAUAAAAGUCAAGUACAGGUCACUCGGGAGAUAAUCCACAACAUGAUGGUAUUCUUAGGGACAGAGGAAAUUGAGCACAAAACUGGAUCUGGUACACAGCCUUCCCAUAGUGAUAGAAAAAGAAAACCCAGCAGCUCACCAAGAGAUGAUACUGGAAGUGAAGCAUCUGUUUUAAUGGACAGUAAGAAAAUUAAAACAGAGGACAGUAGCCACUGUGAACAUUAUAAGAGUUCCGAAAAAUUAAGCAAAGAAGACAAGAAGAGAUAUAACAGAGAUAAAUAUUACGUACAUAAGAAAAAUACUUCAUUUGAUUAUAGUAGUAAAAGCAGUAAUAGGAAAAGGGAUGCUAAAGUAAUUCCUGAUAACAUUUCAAGAAUACAAGAUGAUGUAAGGGAAUUGCAGUCCAAGAGAAAGGGCAAGAAUUUUGAAAAAGCAAAAUAUAGACAAUCUAGUUCAGAUAGUGCAAGUGCUGAGAACGAGAGAAAUGGUAGUACUAGGCACUCUAAGAAAAGAAAAUUAAAGAAAUCUAAACGCAAGAAAUCCAAAUCAAAGAAAUCUCAUAAAUAUGAAUAUUCCACUAGUGAAGAUACUUAGAAUGAAAAGGGAGACUGGAGAAAAGUGAAAAUUUGUAGAAGAAAUAGCACAGGAAAGUAUGUGGGGAAGAAUUUCACAGGGACCCUUUGUGUCAUGAUGCUGGAGGCAAGUGUGAUUAUGAUUAAAACAGUAAAGUAUAUAUAUAAUAUGAUGUAAUUGUGAAGUGUACCUGUGUAAAUACAAUCAGAAAACAGAAAACUUGAGUAGUCAGUUCCCUCUGCUGUUGUUUUUAGUAGAUAGCUACUACAAUAUAUUGCCAAUGAAGUUCCCUGUGAAGUUGAUGGCUCCAUUGUAGAUCCUAGUGAUCAGCUGUUUUUUGCCCUGAAUUUUGAAAGUCCCAUGAGCUUUUUGGUCUCAUAUAAAGUAGGUACAUAGAUUAUAAUUUUGAAUAUAUUUUUAUGAAGCCA